UUCCUGUCUGCUGGAACUUACAAACGGCGUGGCAGCUUUUCCAAGACAACAACAUUCGCGAUUUCAGAGAGCGGACCGGCGUUUUUGUACAAGACUGGUGAUCACGUUUGCUCAGAAAUUACACCACAUCUAGGAGAAUGGCAUCAACAAGCAACGUGCAGAGUUUGGAUGACAUCAACUUCAAGAGAAAGGAAGAACAUGAUUCUUCAGUGCAACCUAGCACUAGCAGGCAGGAGAAACUCUAUAGGUGUGAGGAGUGCAGCAAGCAGUUCAGUAAGUUGCAUGAUCUGAAGAGACACAUACGGACUCACACAGGUGAGAAACCCUACAGGUGUGAGGAGUGCAGCAGGAUGUUCAGUGAGCUGAGUCGACUAAAUAGACACAUGCGGACUCACACUGGGGAGAGCCCCUACAUGUGUGAGGAGUGCAAUAGGAAGUUCAGUAGGCAGGAUCUACUAAAGAUACACAUGCGGUCUCACACGGGGGAGACACCCUACAGGUGUGAGGAAUGCAGUAAGCAGUUCAGUCAGCUGGGUCAUUUAAAGACACAUAUGCUGACCCAUACAGGGGAAAAACCCUACAGGUGUGAGGAAUGCAGCAAGCAGUUCAGUCAGCUGGGUCAUCUAAAGAUACACAUGCGGACUCACACAGGGGAGAAACCCUACAGGUGUGAGGAGUGCAGCAGGCAGUUCAGUGAGCUGGGUAUUCUAAAAUCUCACAUGAAGACCCACACAGGAGAAAAGCCAUACAGUUGUGAAGAGUGCAGCAAGCAGUUCAGUCAGCUGGGUAGUCUAAAGAAACAUAUGCGGGCUCACACAGGGGAGAAACCCUACAAGUGUGAGGAGUGUAGCAGGCAGUUCAGUGAACAGGCGAAUCUCAAGAGGCACAUACGGACUCACACAGGGGAGAAACCCUACAAGUGUGAGGAUUGCAGUAAGCAGUUCCGUCAGCUGGGCCAUCUAAAGGGACACUUGCGGACUCAUACAGGGGAGAAACCCUACAAGUGUGAGGAGUGCAGAAGGCAGUUCAGUGAGCUGGGUCAUCUAAAGAGACACAUGCGGACUCACACAGGGUAUAAAUCUUAGGAGCGUUAGGAGUGCAGCACACAGUUCAGUAAGCUAGGUCGACUGAAAAGGCAUAUGCAAACUCACACCACAGAAACCGUAUUAAGAGUACAGAAGGCAGUUCUGUAGGCUGGAUCGGCUUGUAAAAGACACAGAUGGAUUUUAUGGACUUACGGGAGUGUGAGGGGCACAGAAGGCAGACCAGUAAGCCAGGUGGACGGAAGAGGACUAUGCAAACCCACACCAGAGAAACCUUACAGGUAUUAAGAGUACAGUAGGCAGUUCUGUUGGCUGGAUUGGCUUAUAAAAGACACAGAUGAAUGUUAUUGACUUGCGAGAGUUUUAAGAACGCAGAAGGAAUUUCAGAUAGCCAGAUUGCUGAACUCGGUGCAUGUGUAAUGAAGCUUGCAGAUACAGAAGUGAAUCAGAUGGUGCAGUUAGCUUUUGAUCCUAAAGACAACUACUGACAUUACAUGUCCGUAAAGUCAAUUUAGUCCGUGUUGUGGAGCCAACAUAUUUUUCAAAACCUUGAUAGGUUCUUGUAACCAUCGCAUGAAUAACUUUCUUCACUUUGCUCACUCGGUAGUAUAUUUGGGGAUAAUAUGUUAGUAACUGACCAUAGUUUGUGACACCGUUAUCUGUUAAGACCGAAGAAAACUGGCAUUUUAACUGAGUCACUAAGCUCAUAUCAUAUGAUUUAUAAUUAGAGAGUGGUUUAAGACUAGAGAAAAAUAAUUUAGCAAAUAUAUUGUGAACAAGGAGGAGCACUAGUUGCUGGUUUGAAUUACUAGUAGUCUGGUAAUAACUAGGAAAAAACUUUCAAUUUGGUGUAGCAACCAAUGAUCGAUAAAAAUGCACUCACUGUACAUAUAGAACUCAAUUGUCACUCAUCUUUCAUAGCGGGAUUUAAACCUGUAGUUAGAGCCCUAAUUCUCACUCCAAAAAUCCACAUAGCUAUACAGAGUGUUUAGUUUCUUCUGCUGUAUUGGCGUAGUGAUCUAGAUUGUUGAAGUGUAACAAGUCGUUUUCUUCAAUAAAGUUGUUUGAUGGUAAA